UCUAGAGCAGCAAAGUUGUUCAGCGAGAGGCGCUCGGGGGGCACUGUUCCCGAGGCUGUCGUCGCUGCCUUCUGCUCGGCGCCCGGCGCCUCCGGGGAGAAGCCCGAGCGGGAAGGCUAGACCCGAGGCGCGGCCCGCGGGCGAGGAGGGCGCAGAAGCCUGUGCGCGGCCGCAACGAGGGCGGGGGAAGAAAAACACCCUGUUUCCUCUCCGGCUCCCACCGCGGAUCAUGUACCACGAUUAUCCCGGGAACUUUGACACCUCGUCCCGGGGCAGCAGCGGCUCUCCUGCGCACGCCGAAUCCUACUCCAGCGGCGGCGGCGGCCAGCAGAAAUUCCGGGUAGAUAUGCCUGGUUCAGGCAGUGCCUUCAUCCCCACGAUCAACGCCAUCACGACCAGCCAGGACCUGCAGUGGAUGGUGCAGCCCACAGUGAUCACCUCCAUGUCUAACCCCUACCCCCGCUCACACCCCUACAGCCCUCUGCCGGGCCUGGCUUCCGUCCCCGGACACAUGGCUCUCCCAAGACCUGGCGUGAUCAAGACCAUUGGCACCACGGUGGGCCGCAGGAGGAGAGACGAGCAGCUGUCUCCUGAAGAGGAAGAGAAGCGUCGAAUCCGGAGGGAGAGGAACAAGCUGGCCGCUGCCAAGUGCCGGAACCGCCGCCGGGAGCUGACGGAGAAGCUGCAGGCGGAGACAGAGGAGCUGGAGGAGGAGAAGUCGGGCCUGCAGAAGGAGAUUGCUGAGCUGCAGAAGGAGAAGGAGAAGCUGGAGUUCAUGCUGGUGGCCCAUGGACCUGUGUGCAAGAUCAGCCCCGAGGAGCGCCGAUCCCCCCUGGCCCCUGGGCUGCAGCCCUUGCGCAGUGGGGGUGGUGGAGUGGGUGCUGUGGUGGUGAAGCAGGAGCCCCUGGAAGAGGACAGCCCCUCGUCCUCAUCAGCAGGGCUGGACAAGGCCCAGCGCUCUGUCAUCAAGCCCAUCAGCAUCGCAGGGGGCUUCUACGGGGAGGAGCCUCUCCACACUCCCAUCGUGGUGACCUCCACACCCGCUAUCACUCCAGGCACCUCAAAUCUCGUCUUCACCUACCCCAGCGUCCUGGAGCAGGAGUCGCCCGCGUCACCCUCCGAGUCCUGCUCCAAGGCUCAUCGCAGAAGCAGUAGCAGUGGGGACCAGUCAUCAGACUCCUUGAACUCCCCAACUCUGCUGGCUCUGUAACCAGUGGACCUCUCCUCCCAGCUCUGGAGGGGAGCCUCAUCACUGCCUCCUUCCCAGGGACCAGCACCUUCAAGCACUCCAGGGCCAUGAGGGCAACGGGAGCCUGCCAGAGAGCUUCCUGGCUCUGGGGAGACCCAGGUGGGAUCUGGCGGUAAGGCAUUGGAGGACCUUGGAAUGAUCUCUUAGAAGUCAUGGGACCUCCUCCCUCAUUCAUCUUGCAAGCAAAUCCUGUUUCUUGAAAAGCCUCGGAGAACUUGGUUUGGUAAACUGAGACGCCUCUGGCUUCUGAAGAGCCUAAAGCUGGCCUGGACCAUUCCUGUCCCUUUGUUACAACAUUUUCUCUGGAGUGAUGGUGUCCUGCCCCACCCCUACCCAGCAUGCUCAGUGCCUUUUGGUUUCACCUUCUUUCUACUGGCCUCUCCUCCCUCCAGUGUCAGUUUCAUUCCUUCUUGGUUUUUAUCAAAUUUGCCAUGACAUUUCAUCUGGGUGGUCUGAAUAUUAAAACUCUUCAUUUCUGGA